UCGUCAACUCAGGUUCCUACUAACCCCCUCAAACCACACAGCCCGCCCAAGAUGAGUCACCGCAAGUUUGAGGCUCCCCGCCACGGCUCCCUGGCUUACCUGCCUCGGAAGCGCGCUGCCCGCCACCGUGGAAAGGUCAAGUCCUUCCCCAAGGAUGACCCCAAGAAGCCCGUCCACCUGACCGCCGCCAUGGGCUACAAGGCCGGUAUGACCACCAUCGUCCGCGACCUCGACCGACCUGGCGCCAAGGCCAACAAGAAGGAGAUUGUUGAGGCGGUUACCAUCGUGGAUACCCCACCUAUGAUCGUUGUUGGUCUUGUGGGCUACAUCGAGACUCCCCGCGGCCUCCGAUCCCUCACCACCGUCUGGGCCGAGCAUCUGAGCGACGAGGUCAAGCGCCGCUUCUACAAGAACUGGUACAAGAGCAAGAAGAAGGCCUUCACCAAGUACGCCAAGAAGCACUCCGAGAACAACGGUGCCUCCAUCACCCGCGAGCUCGAGCGCAUCAAGAAGUACUGCACCGUCGUCCGUGUCCUCGCCCACACCCAGAUCCGAAAGACCCCCCUCAAGCAGAAGAAGGCCCACCUCAUGGAGAUCCAGGUCAACGGUGGCUCCGUUGCCGACAAGGUCGCCUUCGGCCAGGAGCUCUUCGAGAAGCCCGUGGACAUCUCCUCCAUCUUUGAGCAGGAUGAGAUGAUUGAUGUCAUUGCCGUCACCAAGGGUCACGGCUUCAACGGUGUCACCGCUCGAUGGGGCACCAAGAAGCUUCCUCGCAAGACUCACAAGGGUCUCCGAAAGGUUGCUUGUAUCGGUGCUUGGCACCCUUCGCACGUCCAGUGGACUGUUGCCCGUGCUGGUCAGAUGGGUUACCACCACCGAACCUCGGUCAACCACAAGAUCUACCGCAUUGGCAAGGGCGAUGCCGACGACAACGCCGCCACCGAGAUCGACGUUACCAAGAAGAAGAUCACCCCUCUGGGUGGUUUCGUCCGCUAUGGCGAGGUCAACAACGACUUUGUCAUGCUCAAGGGUUCCAUCCCUGGUGUCAAGAAGCGUGUCAUGACGCUCCGAAAGACCAUGUUCCCCCAGACCUCGCGGAGGGCUCUGGAGAAGGUCAGCCUCAAGUGGAUCGACACCUCGUCCGAGUUCGGACACGGUGCUUUCCAGACCCCUGCGGAGAAGAAGCAGUACCAGGGUACCCUCAAGAAGGAUCUUGCCUCCGCUUAA